ACCAAAGCUUUUAUUCCUGUUUCAGGCAGACGAAAUGGCAGACGAGGGUCCAGUCCAGAACCUCUGCGAGGAAACGACAUGCCCCAUCUGCCUGGAGUAUUUCACAGAUCCAGUGAUCAUAGACUGCGGCCACAUUUUCUGCCAAACCUGCAUCACCAAAGUUUGGGGGAAAUCAGACGGAGAUGCUUCUUGCCCUCAGUGCAGGGAACCUUGCCAGCAAAGGAAUUUCAGGCCCAUCCGUCAACUGGCGAGCAUUGUGGAAAUAGCCAAGAAAUUCAGCCUUCAGAUGGCCAAAGGGGCGGAAGCGCUGGGAAGGGUUUGCGAGAGACACCAGGAGCCCCUGAAGCUCUUCUGUGAAGAUGACCAAGCCCCCAUCUGUGUGGUGUGUGACAAAUCCAAGGAGCACAGGGAACACAAAGUGAUCCCAAAGGAAGAAGCCUUUGAAGAGUAUCAGGGUAAAAUCCUGUGUCAUUUGGAGUUCCUGAACAAACAGAGAGAAGAAAUUCUGUCUUCUAAACUGAAGGGAGAGACUGAAAGUUGGAAUCUGCUGGAGCAGACAGACAUGGAGAGGCAAAAUAUCGUGGCUGAUUUCAAAGAAUUCCACCAGUUUCUGGAAGAACAAGAGCGCCUCCUGCUGGCUCAAUUGGAGGAACUGGACAAUGGGGUUAAAAACUGUAGGAAUCAAUAUAUUUCCAAACUCUGUGAGGAAAUGGCCUCCCUUGACAACCUAAUCAGGCAGCUGGAGGAGAAACAGAAGCAGCCAGUGAAUGAAUUCUUGCAGAAUAUGAGAAGCACCCUGGAAAGGUGUAAUGAAAAUGAAAAGACAACAAUGAUUGCAAUAGCUUUUCCUUAUGGAUUAAAACAGCAAAUAGAUAAAUUCUCUAAAAUGCAUCCUUUUUUGGAGAAGGAGAUCAAGAAAUUCAAAGACGUUGUGUUCCCUGGACCUCAAAAAAAGAAUGGAGUAGCAAUACAAGCUUUCUUGGGUCCCAAGCUGCCUGCCCUGGGUGAAGAUAUGGCCUUUCCUGAACUAGUCCUAUCCGCAUAUAGCCAAGGAACAGCCCAAGGAACGUAUAUGAAGCAGCAAUAUUAUUACUCCGGAUUCUCAAAUAAAAUUAGUUGUUGCUCCUAUGUUGUGGGAGUUGAGAGAAUCACCUCAGGGACCCAUUCCUGGAUAGUGAAUGUGGAGCACAAUAACGUCUGGGCUGUGGGGGUUGUCAAGGAGUCUUUAAGGGGGUUCCAUAUUGGCAAUUUGAAUGAUGAAAGUGGGAUCUGGGUUAUUGCGAGGAUAUCAACUAAAAACUCAUCUUAUGGUAGUGAAUUUUAUGCUUCCACUCAUCCUGGAAUAUCUGUGGGAUCAUCACCCUCGGCCAGAACGCAACCCCUUAUGUUCAACUCAAGUGAGAUUCAGCCAAGCAGGAUCCGUGUGCUUGUGAACUAUGAAGCAGGAUUAGUAAUCUUCCGCGAUGCUGACUCAAAUGAUGCUCUCUUUACCUUCAAUGCUUCAUUCUCUGGGGAAGAAGUCUCCUCCUUUCUCUGUAUAGGGAAGAGAUGAGGUUGGCAUUUGCUGCAAACUUGACAGGCCAGCGGGAGGUGCCAAGUCCUUUAAAACCAGGGAUGGGUGGGGAAGUUUAAAAAACAACAUUGGGGGGGUCAGGAGGAAGGAACUUAAUCCUCUCUCCACACAUACUUUCCUUCCUCAAAUGUCUGGGGAAAGAACUAUUUUUGGGCGGGGUAUGUGUGGUGUGGAAAGGACUCGGCAUAUUAAGCGCCCCCCCCCCCCCCGCUGCCAGCUUCUUUAGAGGGAAUUAGUAACAGUCAGACUCUGACACACAGUGUCAUUGCUGUCUAGUCUGAAUGGGCCCUGCAGGCUUUCUCUUCCAAAGAGCGCUCUGUUGUGGGAAGCCAAACACAUGAAAACUGCCAUACAGCCACAGCUUCAGGAGGAAGUAGUAGCUGAGGAGGGGAGGCUUUUCUUUUUAAACAUUUUUUUAUUAAAUUUUUAUUAAAUUUUCAUUUUAUCUUGUUUACAUCUCAAUACUUUUCAUAUCAUCACAAACAUCCUUGCUCAUUCUGAGCUUCAACUUCCCUCCCUCCCAUUCCCUGGUUUUCAUUUAAAUGCCUACUUAUUAUCUAAAGAGCUGGAUGGAUGAUUUUAUGUGCUUCAGGUAGUUGUUCUAUUUCUUUUUAUAUUGGUUUAAUUGUCGUCACCCGCUCUAGAACCUGAUGUCCAAAGGUGUGUAAGGAACCUUGUAAAUUAAUAAAAGUAAUUCUGCUUACUGCAUUUGUGUGUGCCGUUAAUGUCUUAAUGUCCAAGCUGCUCAGAGGAUUUGCAGAACCACUGUUAAGUAUCUCUUGUUUGAACCAGUGGAGGACAAGGUGUUCAUGCCUGCUCUUAAAUUACAACUCUUAAACUGCUGUUGCUUUCUUUUAGUCUCUAAUACAGUAUAUGCAAUAAGCAAGGGCUCCAUUGAUCCAGAAAGUGGUCUGAACCAGCAGGGCUCUUCUGGAAGUACGUGCUUUAAAGUGAGAUAAGAAUCAAAACAAUUCCUCCAUGUUCGAAAUGACCGGCUUCAGAUUUAACAUUUCCGAACAUGACCCAUGUUGAUGUGAGGCACGGGUGGUGAGCCCAAACGCUACAUUCCCUUGCGUCUGGAGUUUGAAAAGAAUUGGCCCCACCCCAUGGGUGAACUUUGACGGAUCACAUAAUAUCACUAUGAAAUUACAUGAUUGACAGAUGAAUUCAAGAAGGAUACUGACAAGCUGGAACGUGUCCAGAGGAGGGCAACCAAAAUGGUCAAAGGCCUGGAAACAAUGCCUUAUGAGGAACGGCUUAGGGAGCUGGGUAUGUUUAGCCUGGGGAAGAGAAGGUUAAGGGGUGAUAUGAUAGCCAUGUUCAAAU